CCCCACCACCCGCGACUUCCACUCCACAACCACGAUAACAGAGGACAAAUUUCUUGAAGGCGGCAGCGAUGGCGCCUCGGCGUGAGAUCCUUGACUCGGAGGAUGACGGCAGCGAUUUUGGCGAUGCACCUGAGGCCGAAUUGGCAUCCGGCAAGGAACACUAUGAAACCAUUGGCGCAUCACACAAUGUCGACGCCAGCAUCGACUCGACAGAUCCGUCCUUUUUUCAGCGCAUCUACGACCAGCAGCACGCCGCUACCGACAUGCAGGAUGUGAUCCCGGAUACAGCACCGGUUGAACAUGCUGCCUCGGCAUGGACCAACAUUUCAUCGGCUCCGCCUCCGGGCCAGAAACUGCUAGCCAACGACUAUUCGUCUCUCACUCCUCUGACUGACCCGGUGCCGGGAAGUCGGAAGCCGAAGAGGGCCCGGGAAGUUAGUCAGUCAGAGGUGAUUGACCUGACGAAUAUCACCACGCCGAGGAAAGAGACUAGCGAUGUGUGGGAUGUUCCGACCUCGGCUAGGUCGCAAAGAUCCACGAGGGCUUAUGGGAAGCGCAAAGGUGCACAGCUUAGUAUGGAGGAGGAGGCACCCCACCUUACGCUGCUGGAUACCCAAGACCCGUACGCCUUCCCCGACGCCACGCCGCCGGCCAGGGUCAACAGGCGCGGGUCGUCGUCUAGCUUAACCCAGCAGGCGCACGACUCCAGUCCUGUGAUGCUCAUCCCAACAGAGGCACCAACCAGCUCAGACAGGCGGACGCGAAGCAGCCGGAAGAAGAAAGCUAGUUUUGAUGCGGAGUCCACCAUGCCAGACACCGCCGUUCCGUCGUUGUACAUCACCCAAAGCACUCUCACGGCGAGCCAGAAGGAGCAGUAUCGGGCGAUCUGCCCAUCUUCGGAGGGCAUGCCGCCGGAGGCUUCUGAGCCGUCCUUUGCCGGCCAGUCACUGGAUGUAGGGGAAAUGUACAAGUCGAGCGCUACCACGGUUGCUUAUCCGACGCCGAGCCGGGUUGCGUCAACCGCGCGGCUGCCGGAGGUGGCUGAAGAGGCGGGUGAAGAUGCCGUUGCAGGGACGUUGCCCAGCUACGACGUCGGGUUCCAGCAGUCUUCGCCCGAUGUGCUCACUGAUAUGACCGCCACAGCUAGUUCGAGGUCGAAAAGGAGCAGGGCAAAGGUUGUGUCUCCCGCGGGGCUGGAUUCGUUCGAACUCGAGUCGCCCGCGCCAACGCGGAGGGCAAAGAAGAGGAAAGUUGUGCGAGAAGUAGAGGACGACUCUUGGGAACGGGACCCUUUGGGAGGUACUCAAGAAAACAACGACCCACCGCAACAAGACGCACAGGCUCAGAGCGAGGCUGGGGAUACCAACUACAGUAUAGCGCAACCAGCUGCGGAUAUGGUCGCUCCAGCAUUCUUACCCGAGGCCGAACCAAUCGAUAUCGAAGCGAUGGAGGUACCGGCAGAGGUACCGGCAACAACUCCAAAACCCACCGCCAAGAACAAAAGGGGACGGAAGAAGAAGGGCGUCAAAACCCAGGAACCCGCACUCGAGCCCAACGAACCGACACAAGCAGCAGAAGCCGAACCAGAAUCUGUCUCUGGAACCGCGGAGGUUACAGAGCCGCCAGCAAAACGAAAGCGUGGGCGCCCGCGCAAAUCCGAGGUUCCCAAACCCCAGCCCGAACCGGAAAACGAGCCAGAACAACAACCCUACGAGGAAGCCGGGCUUGAAGCCGAAGCCAACACGGCACUACAACCGCUAUCCGAAAUGGACCGCAACUCCAAACCCAGCCCAGAGGUACCCGCAGCAGAUGUUGAGGAUGGUGCCGUUGAGGAUAGUAAGGAGAACGACCCGGCGGUGGUAAAAGACGCAGUGGCCAAGGACAAGUCAACAGAGAAGGAGAAACAGGCCGCCAAGGAUGUCAAGUCUGGCCCCCAGAAGGUGCAGUACCGUGUGGGUUUGAGCAAGAGGUCGCGGAUUGCGCCGCUGCUGAAGUGUUUGAAGAAGCCGGACUGAAGUCGCGGGUAAAGCUAUAAAGGGUUGGCAGCGUUUUGGGAGGAAGGGACGGGAGAACGACGGGCGUCGAGAUUUGCUUGCAGAUACCCAUUUUACUCGCUUUGCUAUUUUUGGGCGGCGCAUCUCCGGCGGCGCGCCGGCCGUCAUGGGGUUAGAACCUGCCCGUUACCCUUGAUGGCGGUUGUCACCGGUCUAGGAACAUGAUACAUCUCGAAGGCAGGCGGUGACGGAACGUACUAAUAAUGAAUAAACGGCCAGGCAAACACCCAAGAAAAAGUCACACCAUCCCGUGUAUGUCUACGUGUACGCCAGGAUACCAAUAUCUCAACACUCUACCCAACAACCUCAGCUCACCCAUCGGGCUCAGUCACCCCCAACCCCACCAACACUACCGUCGCCACAUCCAUCACCACCACCAACAACCACAACAACCACGCCACCACCGCCGUAACCCAAUGAUUCUUCAAAUCCACCACAUCCCUCCCCCCAC